AUGGGGCUGCGCCCGGGGCCCGUCGCGCCCCUGGGCUGGGCACUGGCGCUUCUCCUGUUUCUGGCCGGCGGGCUCAGCGAGGCCAACCCGCAUUUGAGGUACAACCGGCCGGGCGCCAGGAGCAAGAACUGGUGUGCCUACAUAGUAAACAAGAACGUGAGCUGCUCUGUGCUGGAUGGAACUGAGCGGUUUAUUCAGGCGCAGUACAAAUGUGCCUGGAACCAGUUUCCCUGUUCACCAACCCCAGUCUACCGUAUGAGUUUCAGACCUCGGUAUACAAUUGCUUAUAAGACAGUAACAGAACUGGAGUGGAGAUGUUGUCCUGGUUAUAAAGGUGAAGACUGCAGAGACGGUCCAGCAGAACAACCAAGAACUAUUCUGUUUCCCACUUCACCACCACGACCUGGUGUGAAGAAAGUCUUGGACUCAGAACCAACGGAAAUGCCACCGGAAUCACCCGAGAAGAAAAUUCAAUUCCUUGAGGAUGAAUUGUUUCGACUUACGCAGACGGUUCUUGAUCUUCAAUCCUCCUUAGCAGGUGUGAAUGAAAACCUGAAACUAACUGUCCAACAAGAUGCCAGUAAGAUGUUGGUCUCAUGGCUGAACAACCUUCAGGAUCACUCAGGGCCUGAUAGUGUCGUGGGUGGUGAAACAGACAGUAUUCAUCUGCCUGGAAUACUUGGCAAGAAAGAGCCUUUUACUGAUUUUGGGAUGGAAGACAUAAAGUCUGAACUAGCUGAGGUUAAAAAUACUUUGAAGACAAAAAAUGACAAGCUGGAAGAACUGAAUGGGAAAGUGAAAAUCUAUGAAGGGCCAUUAAAACAACUGCUGGAAGCAGCACGAGGACCUGCAAUAACAAUACCAAGUGAUGAUUUAUAUCAGGAAUAUCUAGAUUCUAAAAUUGAGGCCCUGAGACAGGAAAUGCUGGAAGGAUUGGAGAAGAAAAUGGCAGAUCUGAAAAACUCAUGUGAAUACAAACUAAUGAAUAUCCAGCAACAAUGUGAUGACCAUGAAACCAGCUGUUCAGAAAUAAUACAACUUGUAGAAGAAAAGGAAAAUGGCCUGAGGAAAGAAAUAAAUGAGCUACGAACUCAGAUCCAGGCUCCUUCAAAUCAGUCAGGUUGCUGCACGACUAGCCACAGUGAUGACUUUAGUCAACAGAUAAAGAAUUUGGAUGAGAAAGUUGACAGAGUUGUGGAAGUACACAGAAUCUUAAAUGCCAGAAUAGAUAAUGAAAUCAUUCGCAUUUCCACUCCAAAUCUAGAAGACAUCUUUGGCCCAAGAUUGGAGGAGCUAGAUGCUAGAAUCAAUAUUACAGAGAGGAAUGCUGAAGAACAUUGUUUUUACAUUGAGGAAACUCUCCGAGGUGCUAUAGCUGCUGAAGGAGAUGAAGUCAGAGACUUACUUGAUCAAAAACUACAGGCACUGGAAGACAGGCUGGGUGGCACUAUUUUAGAAAUUGCCAAUGCCACAGCCUCAGAUGGAAUAUCAAUUAGUUCAGGAUCAGUCUUGCACAGUGACUCAGGAUCUGGAAAUGAGCAGCUUACAACUGAGAUGAAUCUCAUGAGGAACAAACUACAAGCCAUUGAACACCUUUGCGGGCAGAAAUGCCAGUCUGCACCCCAAGAUAUGGAAGACCUUCAGAAAAGCAUAGAAAAUUGUAGCAACAAAUAUGAAUACUUGCUUUUGAAAGUAGAAGACAACUCUGCUCUUUUGAAGUCUUUAAAUGGUUCCCUUAAUGAGAAAUUUAACUUUACUAAGAGCAACCAACAGAACGUCCAGAAGGAUUUGCGUAGACUCCGGUAUGGUCUAAACAUCAUGGAUAAAGAUGUGAAAAAUCUUCAAGUUGGCUUGAGCAGCUGUAAGGAGCAACUUCUGGGUGUCAAUUCUACAUGUGAAAAGACCCAGCAAGGUGUAUUCAGAAAAAUAGAUGAAAUACAAAGAACAGUUAUGAAUCAAACUUCUCACCCAAAUGAUAAUUGCUGUAAUGAGGUGAAGGAGAGGAUGGAACAACUAAAAGAACAAAUCUUUAAUGACCUCAGGAAAUGUAAAGAGAACACCAGUGGUAUUCAGGAGGGAGUCUCAGAUGUGGAUAGCAGACUGUCCCAUGUUGAAAAAAUCUGCAGCAAAAUGGACUCCAUCUCAGGUAGCCUGCAGCGAAUAAAAGAAGGUCUGAACAAGCAUGUCACUAGCCUAUGGAACUGCAUCAAUCAGAUGAAUGGAACCAUGACAUCUCAUUCCAAAGACAUUUCUGGCCUCAAAAAUUCUGUCCAACAGUUCCACAAGCAGGUCACCAAAAUCACCACUGACCUUCAGGAGCUGAUGAAAAUUCAGUCUGGGGCACCUGAAAAUCAGCCAAGAGUACCACUGGGGAUACCACAGCAAAGAACACCGCUGCAGCCACCACAGCCAAGAAUAGUAAUACAACCACCACGACAAGGAGCCCCUCUUCAGCCAUCACAACCGAGAACUCCCCUACAACCAUCUUUGCCGGGUUCAGCCACUUUACCACUUUUGCCUGGAUCAACUGGGGUCAUUAUGGAGUCUGGACAGGCUGGUCCUCCUGGCACAGUUGUAAUGUCAGGAAGUGGACGGCCUAAAGGCAUAGAUGGUCAGUAUACCUUGCCCGUAGCUGAAGGAUAUGCAGGAGCACCAGGGUAUCCAAAAUCUUCUCCGCCUUCUACAGACUCACAAGGACCUACUGCUGCCACCUCUCUGGUGUCUUUUUCGGCUGGUCUAACUCAGAAGCCUUUCCCCAGUGAUGCAGGCGUGGUCCAUUUUAACAAAGUGCUUGUGAAUGAUGGAGACUAUUAUAAUCCUAACACAGGCAUCUUCACAUCUCCCUAUGAAGGGCGCUAUCUGAUCACUGCCGUCCUUGCUCCAGAAAGGGAUGAGUAUGUAGAAGCAGUGCUGUCUGUUGCCAAUGCAAGUGUUGCUCAGCUCCACACAGCUGGUUAUAGAAGAGAACUGCUUGAGUAUCACAAACCACGAUCAGGGAAACGAACCUGUGGUGGUCCUGGAACAUUCCACCUCGUUCUUCACCUAAAAGCUGGAGAUGAAGUAAACAUUGUCGUUACUGGGGGCAAGCUGGCCUACACGGAUUCCGAUGAAAUGUACUCCACAUUUAGUGGAGUUCUUCUCUAUCCGUCCAUUGCUCAUGUCUAGGUUCCUCAUGAAAAGAAGGGUAAGAUAUUCAGAAGAAAUAAAAUUUGAAGCUUUAAUAUAUUCAUUUUAUAUAUUUGAUUUGAGAGGUGGGUUUAUGAUCCAUAUUUAACUUUACCUUCUCCCCCCCCCCCACAAGACUUCUAAGUUCUGCCACUGUAAAAGGCAUGUUUACAACAGUUAAACUAACUUCUUCCCCCAAGCCCUACAGAGUAGAAAUUGUGUCAAACAGUAAAUUUCUACCCACUCUCCAUAGGUAGCUCUCUAAUUUGCUCUCGUAUUACUCUUUACUAAACAAUUUCCAUUCCCCCCGCCCCCCACCGUCAGUUCCAUAAGCCUAAACCUGGUCAUUUGAAAUCCUACAGUUUUGUUCUCUACAAUUUUAGUCCUCUGGUCUGCUACUUUCAUGUUUCCACUAGUGCAGAGAGGAGGAAGUGAUGAUUACAUAGGACUGAGCUGAUCUCUGCCCAGAUUUUAGGUUUUUUAGUAUCUGAACAGCUGAUCUUUGGGACAGCAGCCUUCAUUUAAGAGAAAAAUAGCUCAAGGGAAUUAUGGACAAUGGUUACUCUGGGCAAAAAGGAUAUUGUUUGUCUGUUCAAAGGGUAAACCUCCGCUCUCAGUUGCAAAAUAAAUCAGUCACAUCAUAUUCAACUGGAAACACCUGUAAGGAGAGAAUUUGGCCCUAACUCAAAUACUUGAUGCAGAACUGAGUCACUUUCUGCUGAUGGGGGAAAAAGGAAGACGAGUAGAAGCUUCCUUUGAGUCACAGUGCCUGGCUUUGAAAGCUUAAGACAAAAACUGUUGAGAACAAACUUCAACUUUCCCUCCAGUAUGAGUGCUAAAGCUAGCAACAGCAAACUUAACGGUUAUCUGUGAGUCAUUAGAAAAGGUGCAUUCAACUGGAACUGGACUACCUUUCAAGAACUACACUUUCCUGUGCCAAUUUUCAGAGGUUUUACAAUUAAGAAAAAAAGUCUUUACCCUGAUGGUAGGUGACAAACCCACCAACCACAGGGGAAAACUGGCUACAGAAGGGAAUAUCAAAGCUGUCUCUAACUAGCGUGCUGUCAAAUACACAAACUGAAGAACAUUUUCUUUAGUCUUUGUUUUAGUAACCAUGUUAUUUGUAGCAGCAGUGACAAACUUUCAGACAAGAGUGUAUUUUACAUUAUGUACUCCAAUCAGAUAGAAGGCUUCUAUUUGGCUUGAGUAGAUGAAGUACAUUUUAGACUCCACUGUAGAUUUCCUCGUGCCUUCAUUAAAGUGGUGACCAGUCAAAUUAUGUGUUAGCUCAUUAAAUCUGGUAGUAUUUUGAUCCUUUAUGUGGCUAGAAAAAAAAUCCAACAGCAAUCUGAGUGGGAACAUGCUGCAGAUGUGUAAAAAUCUAUAAACUGAAGUUUAAGAGUCUACUUUGUAUAGUUUUAUUUAUAGCAGUGAUGUGUAAAUAUUUCAACUUUUCUACUGACAAAUCCGGAACAGUUCUUAGGCUCUGUAUAACUACAGUUGUUAGGAAGUUAGCACUCCCUUUCCUGUGAUGAGGUCUAUAAAUAUAUAUCUAGUCAACAUCUUGUUACAGCUGAGGUGGUAACUUUGGAAUAGAAGCUCAUUAAGAACUCUGUUGUGGGAAGUCUUCAGCUCAUUGCUUGGAGACAGAAUGAGCUCAGCUUUCAGGGUCAGUUUGAGAAGCUAAUACAUCAGCUACAGAAGAAACUGUUACUCUAUCAUGGAAUUCUGAGUCAAAGUUUCUUCAUAGAUUUGUUUGACUGUAGUUUUUAUAAGCAAAGUAUCAGAAUCUCUAUUGGAACUUAAACACAAUCUUUAGUAAAAGUUUUCCAGUGAGCAAGUCAGAGCUAAGCUGAGGCUAGGAUUUUGUGCGGUGUAUAGUAGGAAAACUACUAAGCACAGGAGCUGCUAUGUCUCAGCCAGUGAUAGACAGCACACUCAAUGCUUCAUAACUUAAGUCUUCUCCUUCUUUCACUGGAAGCUAUAUGUUGUUUUCCCUGAAACCACAGUGCCGCUUGAAGUGUUAUACAGCUGCUUGCUUUGUCAUACAGCAUGCUAAGGAGGGUGGGGUGUAUUUUCCUCUGCCUUAAGUAUGCUUCAUGCUUUCAAGCCACGUCUUUUAGUGUAGAUGUAGGCCCGAUGGCCUCACUCUCUGUGAGGCAAUUAUGACGACAACCAGUUUGCUCCUAGUAUAGGCAAAAAAGUGACACACUCCUUAAGUUUUCUUACACUUCUCCCAGAAGUUGGCUCCAGGCGAUGUGUGACUCAAGUAUUGUUACAAUAUUGGUGGCUGUCCUAGAAAUGAUUCAUGGAAACAAUGUGAGCUGAGCGCUCAGGGAAACCCACUUGGCAGGCAAGCUCUCUUUUAAAAAAAAAAAAAAAAGCUUUGUCUAAUGAAUCAGUGAUAGAGAAGUACAGGGGGUUAGUGCUGCUGCUGAUUUAGCCAGAGAAGCCUUGAAGCAUGGAAAUAUAACAUGAAUGAGAUCUUCAAUCUAACAGAAGAACAUCAGUCAAGCCUGUUAUGUGCCAAUUUCAAGGCAGGUUGGAAAGAAUCUGAGAACAAAUUAUACAAGACAGAGAUUUACAAGAGCUAGUGUCUGUCAUUCUGCAGCUGGGCAGACACACACAAAGACCUCUCAAGAACACUAGAACUAUUGAGAUGAGAGGAGCUUGCCAGAUAGCAUCAUAUAUAAAGGCAGUCAAAGCAGAAUAACCAGAUCAUUGAGAACAAACAAGAAUUUGUCAGAACUAUUCUAGAACAGAGGUCUGUAUCCGGAAAGACAGAUUCUCCACAUAGUGGCCAAACGUGACCAAGGAUUUCUGAGUCAUGGUGAGCAGAUGUGAUACAGGUGAGGAAAUGCAGACAAAGCCGCUAAAAGACAAGAAAAAACAUUGCUCAACUGACCUUGGAGCAAAGUAGGAAUGGACCUUUUCACCAAACACCACUUCAUUAUUAUAGACAACUAUUCACAUUUCUGGGAACUAGAUGAACUACCAUAGCACCCAUCCUAGACA